UGGUGGGUGUUGUUGCCCCGCGUAGUUUGUUCUGGAAGAGCCGCAUCUCCAACCCAAGCUUCUUCAGGCACUGGCCCUUCCCUUGUGCCUCUGAUACAGCGUGUGCGAGCUUGAACAUGGAUGAUAUUCACGCGCCUACCGUCUCUUCGGGGCCAACGUCCUCGGGCUAUUCGAACGGAAUACCCAAGGAGCAGUUGUCGCUGCAGGAACUCAUUGCAGAAAAAGACAGGCUGGAGACAGAGCUCAAAGCUCUAGGACAAGUUCUUGAUUCACACGGCGUCCACAUGAAUACAGGUCUCACCACCUUCGAUGGCUUCCCGCGCAGUGACAUCGAUGUCGCCCAGAUCCGGACAACACGAGCGCGCAUAAUACGGUUGAAGAACGACUACAAAGACCUCAUGACACGCAUCGAGAAGGGCCUUCAUGAGCACCACGCGCGACUGGCAGAGCAGGCGCAGAACGGCUCAGCGACAGAAUUUCAGACCCAAACAGGGCACAGUGCAGCUCCUACAGCUCUCGAAGCACCAUUCGCAAAGGUGAACAGCGUGGUUGCAGGCAGCCCAGCAGACUCGGCAGGCCUGAAAGUAGGCGACACCAUAACCAAGUUUGGCUGGGUGGACUGGACGAACCACGAUAGGCUCACGCGGGUGGCAGAAGCCGUCUCGCAGAACGAAGGCAUUCCAAUAACGGUCAAGGCGUUGCGGCCCAGCACAUCGGGCGGUCCAUCAGUGUCUGUACAAAUGCAGCUUACACCACGGCGAAACUGGGGCGGACGAGGACUAUUGGGCUGUCACUUGCUGCCAUUGUAGCCUGGAGGGUAUACCAAGGCUUGAGCAGUAGCGGGUUGAGGUGGUUCCCUAACGUCUAAUAUUGACAUCGAAGCUUGACAAAACCACGGUGAACGGCCUUUGGUGGGAUGACAAAAAUCUCUCUUGAGCAAUCACGGUGGGUGCGUGGGCCGGGUCGAUGAACAACAGCGCUUACUGCGUGGCGCAUUGGGUUUGGGCAAGCAUGCAUGAUAUCCCGGCGUUGAACAGCAUUCCAAGACAAAAUUGAAAAUAUUCCAGCUCGAUGCC